AUGUUAAAAUUAAUAAAAGUAUUCAGACCUUUGGGUAGUAAUCAAAAAAGUGUCUACGGUGAUACAACUCAUCGUAUGUUAUCUAUGUUUGAUAUCAAUGAAAAUCUAUAUUUGUGUACUGACAAACCAAGAUCCAUUGAAUUUGACAAAAAAACAUUGAGUUGGUUUUAUGGGCAAAGAAGGCAUAUUAACAAGUAUAGUAAACUUUAUACAGAUCAAGGAAUGGAUGUUCUUGUUGUUCGGAUAAAUUUAAUACAAUCUUUGUUUGAUUUAAAAGGUGUCGAGAAAUUUGGACAGGAUAUCGCUGAUGUUUUAAACAGCAACGAGAAAUACUAUAAGGAAAUAUUUAUUCAUUCUUUCUCUGCUGGUUGUGGAAUGUACGGUGUUGCACAAAGAAUGAUAAAAAAGAAUUUAGAUAAAUAUGGAAACGUUCCCAAACGGGUAAUUGGACAGAUUUGGGAUUCAAUUUCUCAUCAUAAGAUGACGAUUGAAGCAGUUCCACUUGCACUCUUUCCCAACAAUAUUUUCAUGCAUUCAAUAGUCAAAGGCUUAUUAUGGUGUCAUUUAACAUUUUACUUUCCUCUUAAACCACAUUAUGAAGACUGUUAUGAUAAUUUUUAUAAUAAUUUAGCAAGAGCUCCAGCUCUGAUAAUGGCAUCAAAAGCCGAUGUGCUUGGGAAAGUAGAAUUUGCUGAAGAAGUUGUGAGAAGAUGGAGAACUAAUGGUGUGAAUGUGACUUAUCAUUGUUUCGACGACUCGGCACAUCUCAAACAUAUGCAGAAAUAUCCAAAAGAAUAUUUAAAGCUUGUAUAUGAUCACUGGGAAUUGAUUCAACUGAAAUUAGGUGAAUUAGAUGAAACUUCUGAUUAUUUUUGUCAAGUUUAG